AUGCAGACUACACCGUCAGCGAUUCAAGCACGAUCAUUUGGCAUUAAGGCCAUAGAAAAACGGCGGAAAGCCAGUCCGUACAACAAUGUCCCAGGUCUCAAACCCUUACUAUCUACACCGGAGGCAGCUUACGAGCGGAGAAUCAAGUCAGACACCCUACCAUUAAGGACGGGAGCGUUAGCUACCAAGAAGGGGAUGACAGCAAUCUACGAUGUCGAAUCCGGCAAAAGAAUACCCUGCACAGUCCUACAGCUCGAUCGCAACGAGGUGGUCAGUCACAAAACGAAGAAGAAGCAUGGAUAUUAUGCCGUAUGCGUGGGCAGUGGAUGGAAGCAUGCCCGAGCCGUGACGAAACCAAUGUUGGGCCACUUCUCUGCACAAGGUGUUAGUCCCAAACGACACCAGCGAGAAUUCCGUGUCAGGGAUCAUACGGGUCUAUUGCCCGUUGGAAAAGAGAUUACGGCCGACUGGUUUCUCGUUGGCCAGUUUGUCGAUACGCGAUCGGAUUGCAAGGGAAAAGGCUUUGCAGGUGUGAUGAAGAAAUGGGGAUUUCAUGGUCAGGAUAGGACGCACGGCCACUCGCUCAGUCACAGAUCGCUUGGUUCGACUGGUAAUGGCCAGGGUGGUGGUAGUCGUGUGUAUCCUGGGAAGAAGAUGCCAGGGCGAAUGGGUGGACAACAGAAUACAGUGCAAAAUCUGCGGGUAUUACAAACAGAUCCCGAAAAUGGGCUUGUGGUUGUCAAUGGAGCCGUCUCCGGACCCAAGGGCGCUUUAGUUUAUCUUCAAGAUGCACUAAAGAAAGCAUGGCCUACUAUUCCCGACCCUCCUGCCACAAUCGAGGUUGAUGUCGAAUUGAAAGAGGCUGUGGGUGCAAAGAUACCAGCAUAG